AUGAGGGGAAUCGGAAGCGAAAAGGUAAUAAAUAGUACAAAUGACAGUAAAAUCUUUGUAUUUUUUUCUGGUUACGGAGCAACCGGUUUACUUGGCUUCCCACAAAAAUAUCUCUACGCAGAUAAUUUAAUUUCAAAUCUGACAUAUAUGCGCUAGAAAAAUAUGUACAGUGAAAUGGUAUUUUAUAUUGAUGCUUGCGAGUCAGGUUCAAUGUUCCAAGGUCUGCUAGAUCCUGCAUUGAAUAUAUAUGUAAUGACAGCUACUAAUUCAUGGGAGAGUUCAUGGGGAACAUAUUGCUAUCCAGAUGAUCUGAAGGAUGGUAGACAUCUAGGUACUUGUCUCGGUGACUUAUUCUCUGUAAACUGGAUGGAAGAUACUGACGCCAGUGAUAUCUUGAAGAAGAGUUUACUCACUUAAUUUGAGAUUGUGAAAAAAGCAACUCGCUGGUCUCAUGUUAUGCAAUUUGGGCAGUUAGAAUUUUAGGAUAACUCAUAGCAAUAAUCUCAACUGAUUAAGAGAAAUCUCAGGGAUGCAGAGAUUGAGAAUAUUCAGCAAAGGAUUUCCUUGACUAAUGAUUGUAGUUAAACUUCAAAUGUAACAAUUGGUAAUGAGGGUAUGAAUUCAAGCAACCAUAAUCUGUAGUAUUGUUGGUCAAAGCAAGUCUAGACUGAUAUAAUAUAAAGGAGCAGCAAAGGCUCACGAGAAAUUAAGAUACAUUAUCUGUAGAGCAGAGUCUAAAUGAAUAACUUUAAAUUUCCAAACUAACAAAGAGAACUUGAUCUAGAGGAAAAUAAAAGAAUUACAGAUGACUAUGUCUUUGAUCUUUUCAAGGAUUAAGUCAACUAAAAUCAUAAGAAAUAGACAAAUGGAAUAGAUGAAGCUAUCAUAAUACAAGAUGAAGAGGUUUUACCAAGAAACUUUGAUUGCCUAAGGGCUAUGAUUGAUGCUUUUGAAGGCUCUAUAUAUGCUAAAAUGGAUGAUUAUCAAAUGAAAUAUGUGAGAUAUUUCGUUUAUGCUUGUGAGAAGACUGAAAUGACAGAGGAAAAUAAAAGCCAGAAGAUUCAUGAGUUGAGUGAGCAAAUCAGAGAUGCCUGCAUAAGGGCAAUUUGA